AUGAUCAGUUCGAUGGACACCAGUGAGUCGUCCGACCUGAUCGCUCUUGCUCAGAGGCACUUUCUGACGAUCUCGUAUGAUGAAUCUGUCUUCAUCAUCAGCUACACUCACGACCAGAACUCCUGGAGUAGCGGGGAUGAUUCGUCGUAUCUUCGCGAUGACACCCCUGCCUUGUUGCCGGAUGAGGGCGACGAAUCGGACUGCUCGGAUCACUUCGACGCCCCGGCGCCUCCCCCUAGGCGCUCUCGGAACGGCCGACAGUCCUCGACAUAUCGACACGAGCAACGCAGAAGGGUACCAUACGAUAUACGUACCCCUGCGCGACACGCCAUGGUUCCCGCCGUGAGCGAGGCCUACUCGCCCGUUCUGGCGGGUCAGACCCCUUGGAGUCCCUUCCUGCCCCAAUUCCAACAGAUGUCGCUGUCCUCAUCCUCGCCAGCUAUGCCUUUCAUGUAUGGGCCGGUACCCCAUUUGGAUCCCAACCAUGUCGGUGACCUCACAUACGUGGCGUACUACACCGUACCACGAAUGGGACACCAGACGGGAAUGCCGAUUCCAAGACCCAGUCGAAGACGCCCUUCCAUCAGCGGGUACCAGCGAUCCGUGUCCGCUCGAGAGACUCGUCUGGGUUCCACCCAUCCACAGAACGUGCAACCCAAAGUCGAAACGGAACACCGGUCGCGCAGAUCUAGAGCUACCACACUCUCGCAAGGCUGGCCACCUGCCGACCAUCAACCGACAAGCGGUAUAGCAAGCGGUAGCGAAGGCUUCCGUCCUACCUGCUCUCUACCCCAGGAUGGCCACACCCAGCAGCCUUUUACUCACGAUGUCAUGGCAGACGAUCUUAUGACCUCACACGAAGCACCUGGUCCCGACCCUGUACCGGAAGCCGUCACAGAGGAACCGGCGGAAUUGCCGUCUUGCCGCCCGACGCAGGUCAAGCAGGAACCCGAUAUCAAGUCUUACUGCCCAGGCUACGUAUGGGACGUUCUAGCGUCCAAGUCGAUCGUAGCGAAGUACAAGGAAGACAAAGCCGCCCGGGCAGGCACCAUCUACGAGAAGCCCACGGGAAGCUAUUGCAUGUUGAUCGGGCAAGCUCUGAUAGAAGCGCCGAGCCCUCAUCAGCUCGAUGUGGCUUCGGUGUUCGAAUCCAUCGCCGCAAAGUACCCAUAUUUUACAUUGGAUCCUCGUCUACUCUACAACGGAGUUCGCCACCAAAUCAACGCGAACGCCGCUUUUACUCGGGUCCAAAGACUGCACGGCGAUCCGAAUGCUAGGAUCCGGAAAUGGUGUAUCACUCCCGGUUACGAGUACUGGUUUAUAGACGGACUUGAGAGAGAGAAGCGCGAAAGGAAGCCUCGUCGCACGGUCAGUAAAUCCAGCUCGAUCGGUCCCUUUGAGAUGGAGAUGGACGAUUCGCCCGAGAUCCCUUUGCGAUCGCUGUUCGAGGCGGACGAGCGUAGGCGGGCCGAGACGCCUGAAACCGCGAUCCGGAACAGCGACGUGGAUCGUACUCCUAUGGGUCCGGCCAAUAAUAGGACUCCCCUUGCCAGAGGAUCGGCAGAACGUCCUCCCCGACUCGAUAUGCAAGCCAUUCGUUCGCAUUCCAUGAUGUCCGGGCUCAGUUCCUCGACCGAGGGAGACCUCACCCCUGCGCUCUCGCUCGAUGGUGGCAGUAGCGCUCGUCCGUCACCGUACCCUCUUAACGAAUUGCCGCCAUUGAGCAUCAUGGAGGAGGCUACCAGAUCGAGGAGUCGAGAAAUCGCAAGUCCCGACUCAUGCCUCGGCUUCCCCUCGUCCAACUUUACCGCCACUUCGACGUUCCUGUCUCAACAGAGCAGUCGCGUGCCUCUGGCUGGCAAGACCAACUACCAGCCUUCUUCGACACUCGGCUUUUCACCCUUUGCCAACUCAAAACCGCCCUCGGGUAAAGAACAACACGGAGGAUACCAGCAAUCUCCCGACAUCCAUUCCCCACUACCGCAACUCAGCACUGGCUCGGGUUUGCAGAAACCCGUUCCCAUUCGAUCCCUGUCCGCAUUGUCGAGUACCCGCCCUGGUUCCGCCACGACUUCGGUCUCCAAUAGCACGGUCAGCUCGUUGGCCUCUGCCAUGGAUGUCACCCUGGUCCGCAGUCGCAACGCAUAGAUCUUGCUCCUCUUACUUCGCCAUGCCUUCGCCUUUUCGAUACUUGGACACCUUCGCUUUUGCUCUUCUGUCCCUCGCUUAAUCUUCAUUCCUUUGCCGCCGGUCGAGCUAUUCCUUUCGUCUCUUUGUAGUGCUAUAGACUCGUCUAUGAGAUGAUUGCAAAACGAGACCAAAUCCCUGUCAGAUGCCCG